UCCCGGAAGCGGAGGGGCUGGGGCGACACCGACUUCCGGUUCCGGUGCGCGGUGCCCUUGGGCGGCUGGGGACGAUGGCGGCGUUCGUGCUGCUGCGGGCGGGACUGGCGCGGCCCCGCGGCGCCCAGAUGGCUCUCCUCGGGAGGACCCUUGGCCGCCGCCCGGCGGUCCUGGCGGCCGUCGCCGAUCGGAGCGCUCCGGCCCGGCAAACCCACAGCUCCCCUCAGCAGGGCCACGGCAGUUCCAAGGCUGCAUCUUUGCACUGGACAAGUGAGCGAGCUGUCAGUGUCCUCUUGCUGGGUCUCCUUCCUGCAGCCUACCUGUAUCCUGGACCAGCUGUGGACUAUUCACUGGCUGCAGCCCUCACUCUCCAUGGCCACUGGGGUCUUGGACAGGUUAUAACUGACUACGUCCAUGGAGAUACACCCAUUAAGCUGGCCAAUACAGGUCUGUAUGUACUGUCAGCCGUUACCUUCGCUGGCCUCUGCUACUUUAACUAUCAUGAUGUUGGUAUCUGCAAGGCUGUUGCCAUGCUGUGGAGCCUCUAAGAUGCGACUGAGUCUCUGACAAACAUGAUUGUUCACUGCUGCCUCUGCGUCAUCGUAUUUUUACCAACAUUUAAUGCAAAACAAAUUAAUAACCAAGGGUCUAUAGUAGGUACAUGCUGCAGCAAGUUCAGAGCUCUUCUUUUAGAAAUAAAUAAUCCAACAGCAGUAAAAAUGUUAGAAAAGAAAAAGUAGACUUAAAGGGGAUAACGUCCAGGUGACAAUGGGGUGAUUUAAGCUGCACUAUAAAUUAAUUACAUCAAUGACAGACUUACAUAGCUGAAGGUAAACUUCAUUGUAAUUGCAGCUUUACUGGGUGUUUUUCUGUUAUAACUCUUGUUUGGUUUCCUACUUUGUAAAACAAACUUGUGGAAAAUUGAACUGUUAUUUCUGACAUCACAACAAUUGAACUGUAUGUAAGGCACGCUCUGUAACUCUUUGGACCCUAAAAGUUGAUGUAGAAAAGGGAAUACUUUUUUCUUAAUCCAUACAAUAAAGAAUUUACAGAAA